AUGAUCCCUGUGUUUUGCUAUGAGGCAAAUGGCUCCUGCUUUCGGACCCUGCACCCUUUUGGGAUCCAGGUGGCCAUUUAUGUGGUCUGUGCGCUGGGCAUGUUGCUCACGGUGCUGGGGAACCUGCUCGUGGUCAUUGUGGUUUCCCAUUUCAAAGCCCUGCACACUCCCACUAACUUCUUGCUCCUCUCCCUGGCCCUGGCUGACCUCCUCCUGGGGCUGAUUGUGCUGCCCUUCAGCACGAUACGAUCUGUAGAGAGCUGCUGGUAUUUUGGAGACGACUUCUGCAAGCUGCACACCUUCCUGGACACGGUCUUUUGCCUGACCUCCAUAUUUCACCUGUGCUUCAUUUCCAUUGACCGGCAUUACGCUAUCUGCGACCCUUUGCUCUACCCCACAAAGUUCACCAUAAGGGUGGCCUGCAUUUACAUUGGGGUGGGCUGGGCAGUCCCUAUGGUUUAUACCUCGGUUUUCCUGUAUGCCAAAGAGAUCACAGAAGGGCUGGGCCAUUUCUUACAGGACAUGCCCUGUGUUGGUAGUUGUCAGCUGCUGUUCAACAAGCUCUGGGGUUGGUUGAAUUUCCCUGUUUUCUUCUUCCCUUGCCUCAUAAUGAUAGUUUUGUACAUCAAAAUAUUUACCGUAGCUAACAAACAAGCCAGACUCAUAAGCAACAUGAAUAAGAGCGUCGGGUCUCAACUGCAUGUAGGAGCAUCCAAGAGCGAAAGGAAAGCAGCAAAGACACUUGGGAUAGCUGUAGGAAUCUACCUCCUCUGCUGGUUGCCUUUUACUAUUGAUACCAUGGUAGACAGUCUUCUAGAUUUCAUUACUCCCCCAGUUCUCUUUGACAUCCUAAUYUGGUUUGCUUACUUUAAUUCUGCCUGCAAUCCCUUGAUCUAUGUAUUUUCCUAUCGUUGGUUCAGGAAGGCUGCAAAAUUAGUCCUAACUCAAGGAAUCUUUUGUUCCAGGACUUCUACAGUAGACUUGUACCUGGAAUGA